CAUAUAAGUAUGGUACGACUGCAUACCCGGCGUUGGUUCUUAAAACCUUUAACGUUACGUUGAAUAGCUAAUGGGAAGCGCUGGUGAACGCGCAUUCAGGCAUUAGAAAAGCAAGGGCAGAGGCAUGUAUGCCCCCAGACGAGCAAGUUCAAAUCUUGCUCAACUUCAAGCGGCCGUACUCUCCCUGCGCUCUAGACAGCGGCCAGCGUACGACCCUUUUUCCCAUCAUCCUCAAAAGCAUCGGUUGCUUUUGUAGACCCUUCUCCCAAACCAACACCACCAUGUUUAUUGCUCGCUCUCCGCGCGUCCAGCUUUUGUCCAAAUGCUGGUACUUUGCAGGAACCAGCCUAUACCUCCUCGAGAUUCUUCACUACUUCCGUAUCUUCCCGCUAACGACACUCGCCACUCAAGAACGCGUCAUAUCUACCAUGCUCUCCACAGGCGCUAUCACCGGCCUGGCUAUCGUCACCGUGCUCGUCAUUCUUCUCUUCUUCCUCAACCUGACGACGAAGAGACCGGGAGCCAGAAAGAUGUCCUGGAUGGGCAUCCUUGACGGCCUUUCGCCGCAGUCAAUCUUCUUCGUUUGUCUUAUUAUCAAUGAUGCGAUGUAUCAGCGUGUGCCGGGAACGUCGGUGUUGGAAGGAGGAUCAGCGAGAAUCGGGGUGCUGAUAGUGCAGUUGUGGGGGUAUAUGACAUACAUUGGAAUUCCUCUCGUUGGGUCUGUUGGGUUUACGACAUACUCUAUCGCGAGGGAGCAGGCCAGGGACGUGGAGAGAGCGUCGAUGAAGACAUGAGGUAGCUGUUCUGCUAUGGCUCUCUCGUAAACGAGAUACUGACCUUUUUCUUGUCUCAGUAGGCAGUAGUUUCGUUUUAG